AUGCGUUACAUCGAAUUCGACAAAAAUUUUAUCUACAACUACACAUUUCUGGCUGAAUAUCACAAGGAUUACGAUUCACUUGUUGAAAGAAGAGGUUUGACUAUUGGACUUCUGACCCUGCUAACGCUAUACAUUAUGAUAGGGCUUUUAGGAAAUAUUGCGAUUAUUGGUGCCAUAUAUUCGAAAAAAUUACUAUGGAAGCCCUUGAAUAUUUUCAUAAUAAAUUUAUCGCUGGCGGAUCUAAUAGAGGUCACAUUGAUCAGCGCGACAUCGAUCACAGGUCUAACAAUAGGCCACCAAGUCUUUCUCCAGAAUCAUGUAUUGUGCAGCGUAAUCGCCAAUGUGUGCGUUACAUCAUGUCUCGUAUCCAUCCUAACUCAUGCAACCAUCGCAAUUACCAGAUAUCUUUCUAUCCGUUAUCACGCGACCUUUGUCGAUAACGCAAGAUGGAAAUCUACCAUCAUCACUUGUAUCCUAAUAUGGAUCAUGGCAUUUAUGCUUCAAAUUUCGCCAAAUGUCGGUUGGGGAAGGAACGUUUAUGACCUCAAAGCUAUGAUCUGUAUAUGGGAUAGAACGUACUCCAUUGGUUACACCCUUUAUUUCUCUGUAGUCUACGUUUAUGUUCCUAUGAUCACGAUAUUUUAUUUCUACGUCAUGCUUUUCCUACAUGUCCGAAAAGUUAGACAAGGCCUGGAAACUCACGAAAAACAUCACUUUCAGGAAAAUUGUAAAGAUACAAAAAGUAAUAUCGGGAUACCCGCACCAAAACCAACGAAUCCCUUGUAUUUCAAGGCUCACGUUUCAAUGAGUAAAAGACGGUUGAAUCAAGAACUUAAACUAGCUCGAACGCUGUUUGCCCAUUUCGGUUUAGUCUUCUUACUAUGGGGACAAUACACACUUAUAUUGAUAUGCGAUUACCGCAACGAGCUUCCAGCAACGGUGCACGCUAGCACAGUUCAGGUGGCCCAUUCGAUCGCCGUUCUAAAUGUGUUCAUUUAUAUCUCCAACAGUUUAUUCCGAUCAGGUAUGAUAGAAUUCCUGAUUCAAAAACCCAUUAAACUCAUAUUAGUUGGAAUGGGAAUAAAGCAAGAUGUGCCGACUAAAAUUUCUCUGCAAACGUUUGAAAGUAGUAUCAAAACAAAAUGA